AUAGAUCAUAAGGAGCAAGUAUAUCUGCAAAAGACAUUACUGACCUUGGAUAAUCAGAAAGGAGGUAUCUGCGAGAAAUAAAGAGAAGGAGGCGAAUGGAAGGACGAGCAUAAUAGAGACAUUUACAACUAUUACUCUCCAUCGGCGAGACAGCAACAGCAUCAUAUCAAGCGAGUUUUUGGGCUUGUUGCCAGUGAAACCCGACCCAAGAUGAAUUAUUUCGUUGGGUGCAAAAAAGACAACCCCCCUCUCUCUCUCCUCUUUUUCUCCUUUCGCACUUUUUUUUCCUUCCACAACUCUUCAACCACCCCUUUCUUUUCUUUCUUUUAUAAAAAUUUCGUCCCAUAUCCGUCCCUUUGUUUUUAUUAUCUUAUUUGGCUCAUAAUCUUUCUUGGUUUUCUCUAAAUUAUAAUACAUAUCAACGCCAUGACCGCCACUGAACAACAACAACAAUCCGCCACUGCUACUGCCCCCAUUAAUGAUACAUCCGCUACAACUACACAUCAUGAUUCCAUCACAAAAACUACCUCUCCAUCCGUACAUAGCUCUUCAACCGACGACACCAAGUCUUGGGACGCACAGUCCACCGCCGAAGAAGCAUCCCUUGAAACCGUAGCCACUACUCCACCACAACCGCAAUCCAUCAAAGAACAAGAGGAAGAAGAAGAACAACAGCAACAACAAAAGACAGCGCCUCCACAAUCAAGACGACGGGGCAGAGGAUACACUGUAACACAAAAAGACAUACCCGCCACUCAACAUCAACAAGCACCAUCCACGACCGCUGCACCACCGCCACUGCAAGAAGAAGAUCAGAACGACACUAGUAGCAGCAGCAAUAAUGACCAUCAAACAAACAACGAUGAUGAUGAUGAUGAUGAUGAUGAUGACAGCAGCAGCAAAGAAGAAAUCGACUGGGAAUUCUGGUCCAAGGUAAUUUCGGACUUUGACAGUGUAGCGAAAUCAGAACGACAAACGCUUUCUGCACAUAUUCAACGAGGCGUUCCUCCCUCUUUACGAGGCAUGAUUUGGCAACUCUUUGCCAGAUCCAAGGAUCCCGACCUCGAAGAACGAUAUCUGCAAUUGAUCAAUGAAGAAUCAGUUUAUGAAAAGGCCAUUACACGAGAUUUGCCUCGGACGUUUCCGAACCAUCCCUAUUUCCAGAGUAAAGCAGGUCAGGAAGCUUUGUUCAACGUCGUCAAGGCAUAUUCGAUCCAUGACAAUGAGGUUGGCUAUUGCCAAGGGAUUUCGUUCAUUGCUGGUCCACUCUUGCUCAAUAUGCCUGAAGAAGAAGCAUUCUGCGUUUUGGUGCAACUGAUGAAUCAAUACAGUCUACGAGGCCAUUUCAUGCCACAACUCGACUUACUCCACCAACGACUAUACCAGUUUGAUGGCGUCUUGCAAGACCACUUGCCACACGUCCAUCGACACUUUGAAACCCAAGGCAUCAAAUCAUCCAUGUACGCCUCGCAAUGGUUCAUGACCCUAUUUGCCUAUAAAUUCCCAAUCGACUUUGUAUUUCGGAUAUACGACAUUAUACUCGCCGAAGGGGGCAACAGCACCAACCUUGAGCCACUGUACAGCUUUGGCCUGGCCCUGAUCCAAAAGAACCAACCCACCAUCCUUAGCCUCGAAUUUGACAAUCUGGUCAAUUACUUGAAAAGCGACAUGCUGGAAGCUUACAACAGCGAUGCAAGCGAAUUGAUCCGCGACGCCUACUUGAUCAAAAUUGCACCCAAACGUUUUAAUCGACUGGCCAAAGAAUACCGUGUAGAAGCAGCACGAGCACAUAACGAAGCCGAAGCCAUUGAGACUCUGAAAAAGCAAAACAAGGCAUUGACUGAAACGAUACGGAAUUUGGAAGGCAAUGUGACGGAAUUGAACAACAGUCUCAGGAUCUGAAACGGGCGUUGGAAACGUUGCCGCAAGAAAUCGAGGCAAGGAUGAAGGAGGAAAUGGAAAUAUUGGUCACAAAGAACGCGGCUCUCGUGCAAAGGAAUUCCGCAUUGGAAGAUCAGAUGGCGUACAUGGAGAAUAUGGUGGCCGAUAUGAAGUCCAAAUAUACGGAUUCCGAACAAGACCGGGAAACGUUGCGACAACGGCUGGCUGAUCUCAAGCGACUUGUUGAUUAAUGACACUUACUACUACUUUAAUUAUUACAUAUUCAUCCUCUUUUUAUAUAUUACUUUUACAAAAAAAAAGAUAAUAAAAGGCAGAAUAUGUGGAAUUAUGCCAUACGUUUUUCGCUUAAAUAUCUUGUCCCAAAG